AACUUACGCGAUGUAACGCACGUAAUCGCGUCUUGUUGCAGAAAAUCCGAACAAGCCGGUGAUGCAGCUGAGAUCGUCGUCGCCGUUAAUGAGCAUCGAGUUUAAUCCGCGCGAUCCGUCGAUGCUUAUUAGCGGACUAAUGUCUGGCCAAGUGUGUAACUGGGACAUCCGAGUUGGGAAUAGGCCAGUGCAAACGUCCCACCUUCAAUUUAGCCACAGGUACCAAUCCAUCUCCGAAUGGGAAGUUCUCCAGGACUUACACCUAUCCGCCGAGAUUAUUGGCCAGAACUUGAGCGUGCUUGACUUUGACGUAUGGCGUCCGGAAUCGCAAAUAUCCUCCGAGAGAGAAAUGCCGCAAAGCCGUGCCGACGGUAGUCUCUAAUAGUCUAGAUUAAUGUCCUUCGUCGCGGAUAUCUUGCGUAUCGACGAAAACGUAUUAAUACAAUUGGCAACGCUCAGACA